AUGCGUUAUUUGUGCCUUAUGCAAGUUCUGGUACUCAGAGAUAUAAGUGUGAGAGUGAGAAAGCGUUUUCCUACUAUGCAAACAUUAAUUAGUGCUGGAUUACUUAAAAAACAUGAACAAAACUUAAUUGAAGAAAUCGGCCAUCAAUAUAACGAACAAUUUGGUAUUUAUUGGUUACCUUAUAAUUGGAUCUGUCAACUUUGUUAUCGUCUGCGGGAGAAUGAAAAUAUUGCAUCUGAUCCUCUUUUGUCUUUUGUUCUUCGAGAAUUGAGGGAAUACAGGGAAAGAUUGCAGACUCUCAUUAAUUUUGAUUUAGUCCCAAUUCCGCUAGCUUAUCCUCAAGUAGUUUUUAUUGCAGGAGAAAUGUUUUUCCCAGUGAUGACUGUUUUACAGUUUAUAUUUUAUAUGGGUUGGACAAAAGUUGCUGAAGCGCUUCUCAACCCUCUGGGCGAGGAUGAUGACGAUUUUGAAACUUUGUUUGUGAUUGAGAGAAACAUUGUUAUUUCUUCCCUUCUUGCUGACAAAUGUUUUAAUCAAAUACCCGAACAAAGUUUGGAAGAAAUCGAGGAAAACAAUGUUCAUAAACACCCCUCAUUAAUUAAUAAAAAUAUUAAUGAAAACAACAAUGUUUUGAUUGGUUCUGCUGUUCGGGUUAUGAUGACUAGUGAAAGGAGGGCGUUUAAUAAAUGGAUGGAAAGUUGGAAAUUGUUUCCAAGGAGGCGUAGACAAGAGACUAAAAUAGAGGAAAGAGUGUGUGAGGAAACAAUGCCGCUUGACUUGGAAAAAUAGAAUUCUUUUGUCAAAAAUAGUUUAAGAAAUAAUUAAAGAUCUCAAUUACCUCUAAUAAAAUAAUUGGCCUCCAAAAUAAUUUUUUAAAGAUAAAAUCUUUUAGAGUGACAAUUUAAUUAUGAAUGAAUCAUUUAUUUAUUUCCCCUCAUUUUAUUCCAAAAAUAAAUUUUACAAUUCGCGCAUUGACAGGUGUUGGAAAUAAAUUACAUAUGUAUAUUGUUGGUUGUGCUUUCAAAAAUAAAAAUAUUCUUCCCCUUUUGUAUA